AUGGAUUUGUUGAACUGGAAUGAAGCAUCACCACAGGAAGUGCCCCUUGGGAACAGGCCCUCAGGUCUGGCAGGUACUGAAGUUGGCUUCGAUUUCUCUGAAUUGGCACUCCAAGGGGACACGCAGACAACAGAGACAUGCUGGAAAGGUGGCUGCAGGCUGGUACUCCCGGGUGCCCAAGAAGAGAGCGGGCUGGGCUCUUGGGGCUUCCACAGUUGGACUGGGGCUCCACCUUACAGCACCCAGCAGCUCCAUGGGGAACAGGCCCUGCGCCCAGCCGGCCCCGGCUUGAGCCCCACCCCCUUCUUUGGUUCUGAAGGGGUGGCGGGCCUGACCUGUACCACCUCAGCGGCCCCUUUGUGGUCGCCUGCCCAAGCCGCUGGGAGCUCCACCUGCUGGGGCUGCUCUAUCGGCCCGGACAGCGCCACCUACAGGGGCGAGGGCCUCAGCGAAGAACUGUGCGCUAACUACACCAUUUCGCGGGGCGAGCCUGCGGGCUCGGAUUGUACCACCUCCUGGGCCCAGGGACUGCAUACUGAUUGCACCACCUCUUCGAAGGAGUACCAGAAUUCAGAUCGCACCUCUUCCUUGGAACCGAGCCAGCAGUCAGACCCUACCACUUUGACUUGUUACCCCAAAACUAACCACCGAGGUUCUACACAGCUGUGGCAGUUCCUACUGGAGCUGCUCCGAGACGGGGCUCGUAGCAGCUGCAUCCGUUGGACAGGCAACGGCCGCGAGUUCCAGCUGUGCGACCCCAAAGAGGUGGCGCGGCUGUGGGGAGAGCGCAAGAGGAAGCCAGGCAUGAAUUACGAGAAGUUGAGCCGGGGCCUGCGCUACUACUAUCGCCGCGACAUCGUGCUCAAGAGCGGUGGGCGCAAGUACACGUACCGCUUCGGGGGUCGCGUGCCAGGUCUAGCCUAG